AUGGCUGAGGAAGACAACAACCCAGCACAUUCAUGUGAUGCUAUUAGUAGGCUACCAGAUGAAUUACUUCAUACCAUACUGGACAAACUACCACUAAAUGAUGCAGUGAGUACCGGAUUCUUGUCACAUAGAUGGAGACAUUUAUGGAAGUAUGUUUCCACUGCAGACUUUGGUCCAUCAUGGGUUCAGUUGACAGGAAAAGAGAUUGUUUCAUCUCUUAAUCAGUUCAUAUGCCUUCAUAAAGGUCUCAAAAUUCAAAGCUUCUCUGUAAGAUUCACAUAUCAGCCAGAAAUGUCAAAAGCUGUUGAUUCAUGGGUCCUAUUCGCAAUUAAUAAGCAUGUUGAAAACCUAGAUCUUGACUUUGAUGAGGAUGAUGCCAAUAUUGCAAAGAAUACUGCAGUUGAUCCUUGCUAUAAGUUACAUACAUGUGUUUUCAACAGCAAAUCAUUGACCAUGUUGCUACUGUGUUUCUGUGAUCUGGAGCUGCCAGUGUCCUUUCAGCUUCAGGCUCUCAAAGUAUUGCAUUUGCAUCGAAUUGAAUUACAUCAUGAUAUAAUCCAAAAGGUCACUUCAAAUGCUCCAGUCCUCCAGCAACUAUUCUUGAGUGAUUGCAACAGGACCACGGAUCUGCAUGUUCAUGUUGCACCAAAUCAACAUGUUUGUAAUUUGGUGAUAAUUGAAAACUUUUUUCCUGUUGACCACUCAACUACAAUGUUUAUCAAGGCUCCUACUGCCUUAAAUGUUGGAUUUAUGGGCUCAAUGCCAAGGUCAAACUACAGGAUAGAUGAAGUAUCGGAAUAUACUGAGGUUUAUUUCAGUCUUCAUGGGAUGUUUGAUGCUUGUGGAAAGCAUGGAAUAAACAUCCUGUUUAAUGAUUCCAAUGUUCAAAAAUAUGAAAACAUACUCCAAGAGCUUCUUGCAAGUUUCCAAAAGGCUGACACCAUUAACUUGUGCGAUUGGUGUAUCCAGCUUCUUUCUCUGCGAGAGCUAAGAAAUCUAAAGAGAUUAAGAUUCAAUUGCACCACUUUGGAAAUAAGUAGUAGUUUCUGGAAAUGGGAGCUACCAGGAAUCAUUUACAUGCUAAAAGCAUGUCAUCAAGUUGAGGAGCUGACAUUAGUAUUGGCUCCCAGAAAUGAAGAGAUAAAGAUUCCCGAAGAUUAUUUGUUCCAACAUGAUUUCCAGGAACGCAGAUUCCUGCAUACCCAGGAUUUGAGACUUGAACUAGAAAACCUGAGUACAGUACGGUUCAAAGUAACUCAUGGAGAUUAUCAGACAUGGAAGGAUGAAUAUUUUGAUCUGAACAAAUUCUUCAAUGGGGCUAUCUUGGCAAUAGAGUUCAUGCAACUUUUAAGGGGACAUGCAGUGAAUCUAGGUAGUCUUAUAUUUAGCACAAACAAGCAAGAGAUUGAAAUUUUGUUCAAAGAAGAAGAAGUAGAAGAGGAAGAAAAAGACGCAGCAGCACCACCACCACCACCAACAACAACAACAAGGAAGCCACCAAUUCAAAUUCACCUGGACUAA